AUGAGUUUGGAUGUACAAUCCAUGUACAAAGACAUCUCAGACGAGAAGGCGGUAAGCGCCUUGUUGGAGAUAUUGGAGCGAGAAGAUGACAUCCUGGAGGCAGAACGGGUACGGAAAGAAUCGUUAACACGAUUGAUCAACCUGACAAUAAGGACCACAUAUUUUAUAUUUAACGGCAGUAUCUACGAGCAAAUAUUUGGACUACCGAUAGGAUCUCCACUGCCACCUCUUUUGACAAAUGUGUACAUGGACAAGCUGGAAAGGGUAUUCGAGAAGUCACCACUGCAACCAAGAGUGCUUAUGCCAUACUUGGAUGACUACUUUGCCCUUUGGUCACAUGGUAAGGAAAAUUUAAAUGAACUGCUCAAUUUUAUUAACGAAUUUGAUGAAAGAAUUAAAUUCACAAUGGAGGUGGAGGAGGAUGAACGACUACCCUUUAUGGGUCAUGAGGAGACUUACAGACUGAAGAUCGGAAUACUGAAGAGUUUGAUCAUCAGAAGCUAA